AUGGGUUGGUUCGACGGCCACAGCGACCACGAGGAUUCCUACAACCAGUGGCAAAACAGCGAGCCCCGGGAGCAUGAUCCCUCUUUCGCCCACGAGCUGAUCGCCGGUGCCGCCAGCUACGAGGCCGCCAAGGCCUACGAGCAGUACGAGGAACGUAAUGGCAAGCCCGAGAGCCACGAGAAGGCCAAGGAGAUCCUCGCCGGCUUCGCUGGUGCCUUCGUCGACCGUGAGGUCGAGACCAGGGGGCUUGACUUCAUCGACCGCGAGAAGGCCAAGCGCCAGGCUUACCAGAACAUCGAGGAUGUGCCCCCCUCCUACAACGGUUACUAA